AUGUCGUCCCGCCCGCUCACAACCGCGCUCCUCCUACCUCCCUCACCUCACACAUCCAUCGCGUCUACCCUCACCUUCUGGACGGCGCCGCUAACCUCCGCCCUCGCCCGCCCACUCACCCUCCCGACCCUCCUGUACAUCGGCGUGCCCGCACCGUUCCCCACGACCCCACGACGCACGACCUUCGCCCCGGCGCAGCGGCUCCUAACCGGGCUAUACUCGCUAGUUUACCGGCUUACCCCGCGACCCGCCUCCGCGGUCCCAUUCGAUGUGCGGAUCGUCCUGCUCUCGCCCGAAGACGAAGCCGAGGCCUCCUUCGGCCCCGUGAUGAGCACCGACCAGCUCGCGGACCUGCAGGAGUGGGACGUCCUCCUGGUCCCGCGCGGCGAAGCCGGGUACCAGCUGCAGGGCGCGUUCCUGGCCGCCACGGGGAGCCCGGGCGUGCAUGUGUACUAUGUUGACGCGGGGGUGCGGGCGCCGGCGGGGGAGGUGGAUGCGGAGCUGGCGGGCGCGGCGGGCGAGGGCGAGGAGCACGCGGUUGUCGCUGUCGGCGGAACAUUCGAUCAUCUUCACCUGGGCCACAAGCUCCUGCUCACGAUGACGGCGUACCUCCUCACCUCGCCCAGCGCCGCUCCCGCUACGAACCCGCGGCUGAUCGUGGGUCUUACCGGCCCCGCCAUGCUGCGGAACAAGAAGCACGCGGAGUUUAUGGAGAGCUGGGAGGAGCGCUCGACGCGCUCGCUAGAGUUUUUACGUGGUGUCGUUGACGUCACGCCGUUCGAGUCGCGCGCGGCCGAGGGAACAGGGCGCGGCGAGGGCGGUGACGGGGACGAGAAAAAGCUACUUUCGGAGGUGCCCGAGUUCCGCGAGGAGGGAAAGGGCGCGGGGGCGUCGGAGGAGCGGAGGAACCUGCACAUUGAGAUUGUGUCGAUUUCCGACCCGUUUGGGCCCACGAUUACCGAUCCUACCGUCACAGCACUGGUAGUAACACAGGAAACAGCCUCGGGCGGCGCAGCGGUCAACGCCAAACGCACUGAGGCGGUCUGGCCGGAGCUGGAGGUUGCAGUCGUGGAUCUACUGAUUGCGCACGAUGGGGAGAAACUCAGUAGUACUGAGCUGCGACGGCAGAAGGCGGUCUGA